GCGAUGGCUCACACCUGUAAUCCUAGCACUUUUAGAGACUGAAGUAGGCAGAUCAUUUGAACCCAAGAGUUCGACACCAGUGUGGGAACAUAGUGAAACCCCAUCUCUACCAAAAAUGCAAUAAUUACCUGGGCAUGGUGGCACAAGCCUCUAUAGUUCCAGCUACUUGGGAGGCUGAGGUGGGAGGAUUGCUUGAGCCUGGGAGGCGGAGUUUGCAGUGAGCUGAGAUUGCACCACUGCACUCCAGCCUGGAUGACAGAGUGAGACUGUCUCGAAAAAAGAAAAAGAAAUGAUGGGCCAUAUCCAGAGUAGGUGAUUGUUCAGCAGGUAUGGGUUGGUGGAAGAAUCCAAUAUUAGUGACAAAAUCAUUAAGAAUCUGAACCAUGGGAUCAAAAUUAUGGAAGUAAGUGAGUCACAGGAGGCUGCCAGAUCAUGAGACUAGGUCAAGAUGGAGAGAUUAAGCAGCAUUGUGAGGACCAAAAGUAAUUUGGUUGCUAUGAAGAUUGCAGUCAGAAUGGAAUUUUGAAGUUGAAGAACUAGAAGCCAGCAGAGUUCUGAGUGAUGAAAAAGGCCAAAGUGUUGUCAUGUUGUUUUGUGCCUGAAGCUGAGUGAAGAGGAGACUUCUGAGAGAGAACUGUGAAGCCAGGGUUGGGGAAGACUCAGUGCAUCAUGAGAUAGUGUAGGAAAUGAGCUGGGCAUCAGGACUGUGAGCCAAAAGCAGAAAAGAUGGAGAAAAGUGGGAGUCACUAGUAACCUUGGAAGUUACUAGAAGAUUAAGGCAUACACACAAAAAAAGGAUAAUCAGGUUUCCUGAGGAAAGAAUGGGAUAGACUUCAGCGAGAUUCAAGAUGUGUAAUCAGUAUGAUGACUAAAUGUAGAUUUGGGAAGUAGAGGAAUUCUCAGACUUCUCUUUAGAGUGAAUGAGUAGGUGGAGGAUGAUACUAUUUCUUAAGUUAGAGAAUGUGGGAAGCAGAGCAGGAGUCCACUUUUGGAUGUGUGGAGUAUGCUAUAUCCACGAGACAUUCAUGCCUAAAUUUUUGGUAAACUGUGGAAUAUGUAGAUCUGUUCUCAAAAGUGUGGGCCUGGGUGGAGAUGCAAAUUUGAGAGUCAUUGGAAUCUCAUGGUAAUUGAAGCUAUGGGUGUAGUAAGAAUUACCUAGUGAAAUUAUGUAGACUGGGAAAAGAGGCGACCCAAAAUCAGACGCUAGGGGAAUUGGUAUUUAAGGGACUGGUAGAAGAAGAUGGUUUUUGAAAGAAACUGAGGGGCCACCAAGGAGAAAAACCAGGAGAUAAAGAAAGAAGCAAGUGGUUAGCUUUGUUCAAGUCAAACAGGUUAAUUAAAUACUUUGGCCCAGUUUUCUCAUCCUUAAAACUAGAGGUAGGAGGGGCCGGGCAUGGUGGCUCACACCUGUAAUCCCAGCACUUUGGAAGGCCGAGGCUGGCGGAUCACAAGGUCAAGGUUUCCUGACCAGCUUGGCCAACAUAAUGAAACCCUGUCUUUACUAAAAAUACAAAAAUUAGUUGGGCGUAGUGGCAUACACCUGUAGACCCAACUGCUUGGGAUGCUGAGGCAGGAGAAUUGCUUGAACCUGGGAGGCAGAGGUUGUAGUGAACUGAGAUCACACCACUGCACUCCAGCCUGGGCGACAGAGCAAGAUUCCAUCUCAGAAACAAACAAACAAACAAAAACUGAGGUGGCAAAAAAAGAAGUAUUGCUUUCAGGCGCCAGCGUAUGCAAAUUGAUGAACCGGUUCCUCCCUCUGAAGUCAGUUCAUAUCCAGUUCCGCAGCCAGAUGACCCUUACAUUGCAGACCUCCUACAAGUGGCUGAUAACAGGAUUCAAGAACUUCAACAGGAAGUGCACCAGCUACAAGAAAAGUUAGCAGUGAUGGAAAGUGGGGUGAGAGAUUAUAGCAAGCAGAUUGAGCUACGAGAACAAGAGAUAGAACGAUUGUCAGUUGCUAUGGAUGGUGGUCGUUCUCCUGAUGUCCUCUCUCUGGAGUCUAGAAAUAAGACCAAUGAAAAGCUUAUUGCUCAGUUAAAUAUUCAGGUUGACUUUCUUCAGCAAGCUAAUAAAGACCUGGAGAAGCAUAUACAGGAGCUCACGGAAACUAAGGAAACAGUGACAUCUGAAGUUGUUAAUUUAAGUAACAAAAAUGAAAAACUCUGCCAAGAAUUAACUGAAAUAGAUCAGUUAGCACAGCAGUUGGAAAGACAUAAAGAAGAAGUGCUUGAGACUGCUGAUAAAGAGCUUGGGGAAGCAAAGAAAGAGAUUAAAAGAAAGCUCUCUGAAAUGCGGGAUCUUGAAGAAACAAUGGCAAAACUUCAACUGGAAUUGAACUUAUGCCAUAAAGAAAAGGAGAGACUAAGUGAUGAACUCCUUGUAAAAUCAGAUCUAGAAACUGUUGUUCAUCAGCUUGAACAAGAAAAGCAAAGACUUAGCAAAAAAGUCGAAAAUUUUGCAGUUACAGAAAGAGAACUUACUUUGGAAGUUGAGAGGAUGAGACUAGAACAUGGAAUAAAACGUCGAGACAGGUCACCUUCUCGUUUAGAUACAUUUCUGAAAGGUAUAGAAGAAGAACGAGAUUAUUAUAAGAAAGAGCUAGAGAGACUCCAACAUAUAAUACAGCGAAGAUCUUGCUCUGCAAAUUAUAGCGCACGUGAAAAAAGUUCAAUAUUUAGAACAUCAGAAAAGGGUGAUUACAAUUCAGAAAUUCAUCAGAUCACAAGAGAAAGAGAUGAACUUCAACAUAUGCUAGAAAGAUUUGAAAAAUAUAUGGAGGAUAUACAGUCCAAUAUUAAAUUAUUGACAGCAGAAAGAGAUAAACUAAGUGUCUUAUAUAAUGAAGCUCAGGAAGAAUUAUCUGCCCUAAGACAGGAAUCCACCCAAACUACAACACCCCAUAAUAUUGUUAGUCUUAUGGAAAAGGAAAAAGAACUUGCAUUAUCUGACUUAAGAAGAAUUAUGACAGAAAAGGAAGCUUUAAAAGAAAAAUUAGAGCAUAUCGAGGAAAUGGAUCUUUAUGGAAAAUCAGAAUUAGAGAAAACUAUUGAACAUUUGACAUGUGUUAAUCAUCAGCUUGAAAGCGAAAAAUAUGAAUUAAAGUCUAAAGUGUUAAUAAUGAAAGAAACAAUAGAGUCAUUAGAGAACAAAUUAAAAGUCCAAGCUCAAAAAUUUAGCCAUGUGGCUGGUGACUCAUCUCAUCAGAAAACGGAGGUGAACUCACUUAGGAUGGUGAAUGAGCAGCUACAGCAGUCACUUGAUGACUGUCAGCACCGACUUUCCAUAAAAAGGAGUGAACUUGACUCAGCCCAAGCACAAAUUAAAAUACUGGAGGAAAAAAUAGAUGAACUAAACCUUAAGAUGACUUCACAGGAUGAGGAGGCUCAUGUAAUGAAAAAGACCAUUGGUGUUAUUGAUAAAGAAAAAGACUUUCUCCAGGAUACUGUAGAUGAGAAGACAGAAGAGAUCGCAAAUUUGCAAGAAAACCUAGCUAAUAAAGAAAAAGCUAUUGCUCAUAUGAAGAUAAUGGUCUCAGAGUGUGAAUCAUCUAUGAACCAGCUAAAGGAAACACUGACUAAUCGAGACCGUGAGAUAAACAGUCUCCGGCGCCAGCUUGAUGCAGCUCACAAAGAACUCGAUGAAGUAGGAAGAUCUAGAGAAAUCGCUUUUAAGGAAAACAGAAGAUUGCAAGAUGAUCUGGUUACAAUGGCAAGAGAAAACCAAGAAAUCUCACUGGAAUUGGAAGCAGCAGUGCAAGAAAAAGAAGAAAUGAAGAGCAGAGUUCAUAAAUACAUAACAGAGGUGUCACGAUGGGAGAGCUUAAUGGCUGCUAAGGAAAAAGAAAAUCAAGAUUUGUUAGACAGAUUUCAGAUGGUUCAUAACCGUGCUGAAGACUGGGAGGUCAAAGCCCAUCAAGCUGAGGGAGAAAGCAGCUCAGUUCGGCUGGAACUUCUUUCUAUUGACACUGAGAGGAGACAUCUUCGAGAAAGAGUGGAGCUGUUAGAGAAAGAAAUUCAAGAGCACAUAAAUGCCCAUCAUGCUUAUGAAUCUCAGAUCUCGUCAAUGGCAAAAGCCAUGUCUCGAUUAGAAGAAGAGCUGAGACGUCAAGAAGAGGAGAAAGUGACAGUAUUAAAUGACUUGUCAUCUCUUAGAGAACUUUGCAUUAAACUUGAUUCAGGCAAAGAUAUUAUGACCCAGCAACUGAAUUCCAAAAACCUUGAGUUUGAGAGGGCUGGAGUGCAAUGGCAUGAUCUCGACUCAAGACAACCUCCACCUCCUGGGUUCAAGGGAUUUCCUGCCUCAGCAUCCCAGGAGCUGGGAUUACAGGUUAUGGUAGAAUUAGAAAAUGUAAAGUCAGAGUCAGACCUAUUGAAAAAACAACUGUCAAAUGAGAGACAUACAGUUAAAAACCUUGAAUCAUUGUUGGCUACAAACAGAGAUAAAGAAUUUCAUUCUCACUUAACCUCCCAUGAGAAGGAUACAGAAAUCCAGCUACUUAAGGAGAAAUUAACCCUUUCUGAAAGCAAAUUAACUAGUCAAAGCCGGGAAAAUACCAUGCUUCGGGCUAAAGUGGCACAGUUACAAACAGAUUAUGAUGCUCAGAAAAGACAGAUCUCAACUGAGAGAUACGAACGAGAACGAGCAAUCCAAGAGAUGCGUCGACAUGGUCUUCCUACACCACCCCUUAGUUCUACUCUGAGGUCUCCUUCACAUUCUCCUGAACGUAUCAAUGUGUAAUUAUCAGAAAGAAUAAUGGCUUUCAAUGAGUUCUUAUGUGGAUUUUCAAAAGAACAGAACAGUAGUGAAAUAUUUGAAGUACUUGUUGCUGAAAAUCAUGAACAUGGACACAAAUUCUACCUCUGUCAACUUGUAUUUAAAUCAGUGAAUAUUUAUGUUAAAAAGUUUGGUUUAAAUGAACCGUAUAUGUAUAUUUUCAUAUAUAUGACAGAACAAGAAUAUGUGUUAAUAGUGCCUAACUCAUGCUGUAUCUAUAUUUUUAUUAUUUCUGAAAGAAAUUACUCAAAGUAUGUUUAUACUGUGAAUUGAUAUAAUGUAUUACUCACAUGCUUUAAUAAUUUGUUUCUUAAUAAGCAAUGACAUAUGUAUGUAAAUAUUCUUACAGUACUUUAGUUUUCAUGCCUAUGUUUAACCCAUAUUUUAAUAUAUUCACAAAGAAUUGUCAACUUCAAUGCUAUGCUGUCAUGCUUAACUUUUCCUUAAAAUUAUUCAUAGAUUUACUGUCAUCAAGGGGAAGGUAUUCAGGUCUAGUCUUCUUAUAAUAGCAGAGGUCUCGGUAAAACAAUGAUUACCAUAUAUAAUGUGUUACUGCCAACUAGAAGAACUAUGAUGAGAAAGAUACCUUUAUAUACUAUGUAAAAUAUUGUUUUAACUAUCAUCAUAUGGGCUGUUUACAUAACACAAAUUGUAUCAAAAUCGAACUAAAAGCUUUAUGCAGAGUUUUGUAUAAAGCAAUAGAACAGAAAUUUGGGACAUUUUUCUAGUAAAUAAAAUUCCUCAGUUUAUUAAUCUAAGAUUUCAGAGUAUAAGAGUAUAUGGGGUAGGCCAGGCGUGGUGGCUCACGCCUGUAAUCCCAGCAAUUUGGGAGGCCAAGGCAGGCGGAUCACCUGAGGUCAGGAGUUCGAGACCAGCCUAGCCAACAUGGUGAAACCCCGUCUCUACUAAAAAUACAAAAAUUAGCCAAGCAUGGUGGCAGGCACCUGUAAUCCCAGCUACUCAGGAGGCUGAGGCAGGAGAAUCACUUGAACCCAGGAGGCGGAGGUUAUGGUGAGCCAAGAUCGCACCAUUGCAUUCCAGUAUGGGUGACGGAGUGAGACUCCAUCUCGAAAAAAAGUACAUGGGGUAAAUACAGUAAAACAUUUUGUUAAAUUACAAUAUAUAUUCAGUGAUACUACUCUUUUUCUUCUAAACCUGUGUGAUGUAAUUUACCAGUUUUCCAGAAUGGCAUUUUAACACUGAACUGUGGCAUAUACAUGGAAAACGGCUUUUUACAAUUAAUUUUCAAAGUUGUAAUUUUAAAGAAUUUAGGUGUAUACCUAUAUUAAUGAAACAACAGAAGUACAAAAUGUAAUGUCAGCUACAAAAAUUAAUCGUGUUUGAACCAUAGACAUUUGAAAAAAAUCCUCUUAACAUAUUUUGUUGUGAUUGAAAACAUACAAACUAACAUAGGAAAGUGAAAGAUCAGUUACUUAUGAUAUCUUUUGUUCCCUCUUGUGGUUUAAUAAAGUGGAGUGUGUGUGUGUGUGUGUGUGUGUGUGUGUGUGUGUGUACGUACCUGGGGGUGGGCAGUGCUCUUUUUCUAAAAUGAAUAUGCCUUAUAUAUCUGAAUUAUGCCCUUUUUAGUGUGUAUUUGGAUGUGGGCUGGUUUGCUUUUCUACCACCUUUGUAAUUUUAUGUAUCCCAACUCCUUUUGUGAAUUCAUGUAUUAUAGCAAAAUAUAAAAGACAUGGGACUGUUUGCAAUACCAUAUGGAAAUCUUUUAAUAAAUGUAUGUAAAUAAAAAAUAUUUGUCCCCACCUUUUCCCCCAAAGCAACAGCAAGACAUUUUGUUAGAUAUUUUUAAUGUUUUCUAUAAUUUAAAAAUGUAUAACCUGCCAAAUUGUUGUUUUUAUAACCAUGGUUUUUUUUGAAAAACAAUUUUAUCUUAAAAUACUGAAUGCUCUGACCUUUUAUAGAUGUUUUUAAUUUUGUUUCAAAUAAUUUUAAAUUAUGGAGCUUGACCUAGAUUUGCCAAUAAACUUUCUAGUCAAUU